CUUUCUGAAGACGGCUGUGAAACAAAAAGGCCAGACGGCAAUUCCGAUCAAAUCCUCUCUAUUAUUUCCUCUCUUCGAGAGAGAACUCUCUAGGUUUUCCCCUUGGCUAAGCUUUUCCAUGUGCUCUCCUGCACCGUACCUCUGACUACUACUCCACUGGCGGCGGGGGCCCCACCGUAAAUGUCUCUCGUGCAAACCUCCACCGUCGAUUGCGUCCCCCAGCGCACCGGCCCAACCUCCACCACCACGACCACAACCAUCAACGCGAUCAUCACCGCCGUCGAUCAGCCGCGGCUCUCGUCAAAACGCAAACUGGACGACUAUGGUGACGACGAGAACGACGACGUUUUCCCCGAGUUUGUCUCCGUCAGAAUGAGGAAAGACGAACCCAACGCCGUCCACUCCUCUUCCGACGCACCAUCCCACGCCGUCACCGCCACAAACGCCACCACCUCUCAGUUCAAUCCUAGGGUUCCCGAUGCCCGAUCGGCCUCGCGCGCGUGCGCGGCCCAGGCCGAGUUGACUCAGUCCGCGUCGCGGUUACAGUUUUUCAUAAGGAUGAUCUCCGAGGGGAAAACUAUGGUAAUCCAAGCUUACACGGACGACACCGUGCGAUCUGUCCACGAGCGAAUCCAAUUGCAGACCGGGAUUCCGGUACACGAGCAGAGACUGAUAUACCGAGGAAGGCAGCUCCAGGCGGAGCGAUCCCUCUCCGAGUGCAACAUCCAAAACGACGCCGGACUGCAAUUGGUUGGCCGUAUGCGCAGCACGGAGCACCCUCACGCCUGGCAAGUCAUCAACGACAUCGUUUCAGUGGUGUGCCGUCUCUGCCGAGGCGAACCGUUCCCUUCGGCAGCGAAAUACAUUAAAGUCAGGAUGACGGAGUUCUUGACAGUGAUGCCGAAGGACGAGGAGCAAUUGGCCUCCGGCCAUUUACAGAUUUUCUUAUUGUCUUCCGCUCCGGCGGCGUUGGUGAUGCUCUAUAUGUCGCCGAUCAAAGGUAACAAAGACUGUGCGGAUAGCUCAAUUAGGCAUUUUUUGAAUUCAAGUCGAAAUUCGUUGCCGAAACAGUAUCAUAAUUAUUGUGCACCUCUAGUUUUAGAGUUUUGUAAGUUGCUUAGAAGAGCUGCAAAUGAGGAUCCUUUAUAUUUAUCGUGUCGGAGUACACUUGGGUCGUUAUUGGAAUCGAUUGGAUCCCCGGAGAGUUCUAAAGGAGUGAUUGUGAUGCAGGAGAUUUUCCCGUUUGUUAGUGAGCUGGCGAGUAGGUUGUCUAAGGACUUAGGUUUGAGUAUGGAAUCGCCCACAGGCGUGGGGCCACAAUUGGGUGAUGUUCGCGAUUUUGCUGCUUUCUUGCUCCCUCUGCGGACUGCGAUCACAGAACAAGUUGGGUUUCGGGGUCCAAAUCCUGUGUCGGUGGGUGGUACUGAGCCUAAGCAUCCAUUGUAUGGGGAAGAGAUUGAGUUUCUUCAUCUUUUGUUUAUUGAUUUGUUGAAGAGAAUGGGGGAAUGCCUCCACAAGAUGGAGGAGUGCUUGGCUGUAAAACACAAGGGGGAAGGUGAGAAUAUUUAUACUGGUUGGUCUCAAUAUCUUGCCAUAUUGAAGGAGCUCUAUAGCAUUUCCCAACUUUAUCAGGGCGCUGAAGAAGAAUUUUGGACAGUUCUGAGGCUUGGAAAGUCCUCACUAUGUGCGCUGAUUGUCAGAUAUGCAAAGCGAACUGAUGAUCAUCAGUGGCUUCUUGAGCGAAAGGACGUGACUGAUUUUGAAUCUAGGAGGCAUUUGGGGAUGAUGAUGUUUCCAGAGGUAAAAGAAGACUAUGAGGAGCUGCAUGAGAUGCUCAUUGACAGGUCUCAAUUGCUUGCAGAAUCGUUUGAGUAUAUAGCACGGGCAGAUGCUGAGGCUCUACAUGCUGGUCUCUUUAUGGAAUUCAAAAAUGAGGAAGCUACAGGUCCUGGUGUAUUGCGGGAGUGGUUUUUUUUGGUGUGCCAAGCUAUAUUUAAUCCACAGAACGCGCUCUUUGUGGCAUGCCCAAAUGAUCGUAGAAGGUUUUAUCCAAGUCCAGCAUCUAAGGUGGAUCCCUUGCACCUUGACUAUUUCAAGUUCUCUGGUCGGGUAAUUGCAUUAGCUUUGAUGCACAAAGUGCAAGUAGGCAUUGUCUUUGAUCGUGCCUUCUUCUUGCAAUUAGCUGGAAAGUACAUUUCCUUGGAAGAUAUAAAGGAUACAGAUCCAUGCUUGUAUAAUAGCUGCAAGCAGAUUCUGGAGAUGGAUUCUGAUUUUAUUGACGCAGAUGCAUUAGGACUAACAUUUGUUAGAGAAGUUGAGGAGUUAGGAUCCAGAAGAGUUGUAGAGCUUUGCCAGGGUGGGAAAAGUAUUGUUGUGAACAGCAAGAACAGAGAAGAAUAUGUUAGACUUCUUAUUGAGCAUCGCUUUGUCACAUCUAUCUCAGAACAGGUAUCGCAUUUUGCUCAAGGUUUUGGUGAUAUUCUUUGCAACUCUGGGCUCCAGAAGUUCUUUUUCCAAAGUUUAGAGCUGGAAGAUCUUGAUUGGAUGCUUUAUGGAAGUGAAACUGCUCUCUGUGUUGAUGAUUGGAAGGCACAUACCGAGUACAAUGGCUACAAAGAAACAGAUCCUCAGAUAUUCUGGUUCUGGAAGAUUGUUGGAGGGAUGUCUGCAGAGCAGAGAAAGAUUCUUCUCUUUUUCUGGACCUCAAUCAAGUAUUUACCGGUGGAAGGUUUCCGCGGUUUGGCUUCCCGGCUUUAUAUAUACAGGUCAGCAGAGCCUCAUGAUCGACUGCCUUCAUCUCACACAUGCUUUUACAGGCUCUGUUUCCCAUCAUAUCCAUCAAUGGCUGUCAUGCAAGAUCGCCUUCACCUUAUCACCCAAGAACAUGUAGGCUGCAGCUUUGGUACUUGGUGAAAUUUCUACAUCUGCAUCCGGGUGAAAAGCGUUUUUGACUGCACAUACCACAAGAUGUAUUCAGCUUGUACAGAGAUUAUAGGAUAAUUGCGUUUCUCAUUAGACUAUGUAAGAAGCUGCUGCUAUAGUUAUCUUUAUCUUUGCUUGAAGAUUCCAAUGUCAUUGCUCUUUUUGUCUACUGUUUGUAUAGCUAUAGUAUAAAUAAAGCAGGGGGGCAGGAAAAAAGAAAUCUCUCUGCUUCCAUGGACUUCUUUCUAGUAUUAGAUAUUGGCUUAUCAUGACAUGUAAAAACACAGGGAUUACGCAAUGACAUGCAGGUCUGUCUCCUCUUUAAUAUU